GGUGCGAGGCGGGCAGCCAUCUUGCUACAAACACAAACACAGAGGAGCGGCCGCCGCGGGAGCGCCAGCGCCCCCUCCCCCGCCGCCGCCGCCCCCCGGCCCGCCGCGCGUCGCCAACGCCCCGGGACCGGAGCCUCGCGCCGCCCGCCCGCCGCGUUUCCCUGCUUCUCACGCCGGGAGCCAGCGCUUUUUCUCAGUUCACUCCUUACAACCAGGACAGAAGGGUGACGGCUGAAGUGGGAAGCGCCUGGCGGCCAGCCGCCUUUGCCACUCCCUGGAGGGGUGGGAGGAGUUGUGGAGUCUUGGAGUCGAUGGGAACUGUGGAGGUGCUCCGGUCCAGCCUCCGCCCCAGCCAGUGAGGGAAGCCCUUGCACGGCUCCCUGAGACCCUGCCCUCCCACCCUCUGCUCGGAACCACCAGGGAUGUGCCGCCUCCUGAGAGCCGCCUCCGCUGUUCCUUAGAGGGACGGGUCGCUGCCGCCACCACAGCCGCUUCUGUCAGCUUCAGUAACUCUGACCUUAUUUCUGCUUUGUGGUGAGGGAGCCUUCUUCCUAGCUUGUAUCACGGUAACGUCGUUCUCUUCUUGGCUCUCUGUCCUUACGAUCGGGCUCUUCCUGAUCCCAGGGACCGGGCCUCGGUGUUGACUCCGGUCUGGUGAGUGAGCCCUGGGCACGCUAGCUGGAGUGGCCGGCCGCGGCCUUCAGCGCGCCCCACCUCGGGCUCUGGAAUAGCCCCCGCUCCCCUUGUACCUGGUCUCUCCCCAAACUGAGUCUCUGGAUUCUAGCUGCCAAGCAGCCAGACCUGAGUGUUUUCAGAGGAGAGGUAAUUUUGCUCCCAGAUAAACUUCUAAUCCUCUUAAUAACUGGCCUUUUCUCUCUCUAGAACAUUUGGGACUCCAGUGGGUUUUCUGCUUGUGUGUAUGUGUGUUUUCUCUUUGUCGUAAACAUCCACGGGUACCUCAGGCACCCUUUUACUGAAUGCUGGGCCACUUGGCGAGAGCGCUGAGCUGUCGGGAGGUGCCUGCCACACCCCCAGCACCUCCGCCGGGCUCCGCCGAGUGAACUGGCCGCUGGAGAGGCCUGAUGCGUGCAGGGCAGCGAUGAGGAGGAGCAGGGGCUGGGGUCCCCUGUGCUCCGUAACCAGCAGCCUCCAGGCAGCUGUGGGCCUUCUUGUUAUGCAAGACGGAGGAGGGCUGGAGGCAGGGAGGUCUGUCUGACCACUAAUUUAACCCCACUUUCUUCUCUUCGCCCCUCAAUAAGGAUCUUUCCCAGAUGUGAAGGUCCCUCCCUGGGCACUGCUCUGGUCAGACCAACAUCCAGUUGCCUGGGGACCCUGGUUCACUCCAGCACAGGCCCUUGCCUGGAGAGAGCCCUGCCCCUGCCCUACCUGCUUCCCUGGGCAAGGCUGCCAGUCCUCAUCCUUCGGGCUCUCCGGGCGUGCCGUCUCCAAGGCCCAGUGUCCCCCACGUCUCCACAGGUGUUUGGAGAGUGAACACCAGGUUCCCCCUCCCCUGCUCAUCCCCUCGACCUCUAGGACACGCCCAGCUCCACAAUGGCAGCAGAGACCCUCAACUUUGGGCCUGAGUGGCUGAGGGCCCUUUCUAGUGGUGGCAGUGUGGCCUCCCCACCCCCAUCCCCUGCCAUGCCCAAAUACAAGCUGGCCGACUAUCGCUACGGGCGAGAGGAGAUGCUGGCCCUCUAUGUCAAGGAGAGCAAGGUCCCCAAUGAGCUGCAAGACAAGGAGUUUGCUGCGGUGCUGCAGGAGGAGCCGCUGCAGCCCCUGGCCCUGGAGCCUCUGACUGAGGAGGAGCAGAGAAACUUCUCCCUGUCAGUGAACAGUGUGGCUGUGCUGAGGCUGAUGGGGAAAGGGGCUGGUCCCCCCCUAGGUGGCGCCUCCCGUGGCAGGGGCAGCACGCGGAGCCGAGGCCGCGGCCGUGGUGACAGUUGCUUUUACCAAAGAAGCAUUGAAGAAGGCGAUGGGGCCUUUGGCCGAAACCCCCGGGAGAUCCAGCGUAGCCAGAGUUGGGAUGACAGAAGCGAGAGGCGGUUUGAGAAGUCGGCCAGGAGGGAUGGAGCGCGAUCCGGGUUUGAUGAGGGAGGGGCUGGCCCGAGGAAGGAGCAUGCCCGCUCAGAUAGCGAGAACUGGCGUUCUCUCCGAGAGGAGCAAGAGGAAGAGGAGGAGGGCAGCUGGAGACUUGGGGCAGGACCCCGGCGAGAUGGCGACCGCUGGCGCUCUGCCAGCCCUGAUGGCGGCCCCCGCUCUGCUGGCUGGCGGGAACAUGGGGACCGGCGUCGCAAGUUUGAAUUUGAUUUGCGAGGGGAUCGAGGAGGGUGUGGUGAAGAGGAGGGGAGGGGUGGGGGGGGCAGCUCUCACCUCCGGAGGUGCCGAGGGCCUGACGGCUUUGAUGACGACAAGGAUGGGCUCCCGGAGUGGUGUCUGGACGAUGAGGAUGAAGAAAUGGGCACCUUCGAUGCCUCCGGGGCCUUCUUGCCUCUCAAGAAGGGCCCCAAGGAGCCCAUUCCUGAGGAACAGGAGCUCGACUUCCAGGGUCUGGAGGAAGAGGAGGAAGAGCCUUCCGAAGGGCUGGACGAGGAGGGGCCUGAGGCGGGUGGGAAGGAACUGACCCCACUGCCUCCUCAGGAGGAGAAGUCCAGCUCCCCGCCCCCACUGCCCAGCUUGGGCCCACUCUGGGGAGGUAACGGGGAAGGCGAUGAUGCUGUGGAGAAGGACCUGCCGGCAGCUGAAGGAGACGAUAUGAGAGCAGUGCAGCUGAGUUCUGGGGUGGGCUCACCCCCUGGCCCACCUGGAGAUCUGGAAGAUGAUGAAGGCUUGAAGCACCUGCAGCAGGAGGCGGAGAAGCUCGUGGCCUCCCUGCAGGACAGCUCCCUGGAGGAGGAGCAGUUCACAGCCGCCAUCCAGGCCCAGGGCCUACGCCACUCUGCAGCUGCCACCGCCCUCCCCCUCAGUCAUGGCGCGGCCCGGAAGUGGUUCUACAAGGACCCGCAGGGGGAGAUCCAAGGCCCCUUCACGACACAGGAGAUGGCGGAGUGGUUCCAGGCGGGUUAUUUCUCCAUGGCCCUGCUUGUGAAGCGGGGCUGUGAUGAGGGCUUCCAGCCGUUGGGUGAGGUGAUCAAGAUGUGGGGUCGUGUGCCCUUUGCCCCUGGGCCCUCACCACCCCCACUGCUGGGAAACAUGGACCAGGAGCGGCUGAAGAAGCAACAGGAGCUGGCGGCAGCCGCCUUGUACCAGCAGCUGCAGCACCAGCAGUUUCUGCAGCUGGUCGGCAGCCGCCAGCUCCCGCAGUGUGCGCUUCGGGAAAAGGCGGCUCUGGGGGACCUGCCGCCACCGCCGCAGCAGCAGAUCACCGCGUUCCUGCAGCAGCUCCAAGCUCUCAAGCCCCCCAGGGGUGGGGACCAGAACUUGCUCCCGACGAUGAACCGGUCCUUGUCAGUGCCAGACUCGGGCCCCCUCUGGGACAUACAUACCUCAGCCUCAUCACAGUCAGGCGGUGAGGCCAGUCUUUGGGACAUACCAAUUAACUCUUCGACUCAGGGUCCAAUUCUAGAACAACUCCAGCUGCAACAUAAAUUCCAGGAGCGCCGAGAAGUGGAGCUCAGGGCGAAGCGGGAGGAGGAGGAGCGCAAGCGCCGAGAGGAGAAGCGCCGCCAGCAGCAGCAGCAGGAGGAGCAGAAGCGGCGGCAGGAGGAGGAGGAGCUGUUUCGGCGCAAGCAGGUGCGGCAGCAGGAGCUCCUGCUGAAGCUGCUCCAGCAGCAGCAGGCGGCGGCUGCCGUCCCCGUGCCUCCUGCGCCCAGUUCCCCGCCCCCGCUGUGGGCCGGCCUGGCCAAGCAGGGCCUGUCCAUGAAGACGCUGCUGGAGCUGCAGCUGGAGGGCGAGCGGCAGAUGCACAAGCAGCCCCCGCCUCGGGAGCCGUCGCGGGCCCCGGCUCCCAACCACCGUGUGCAGCUCGGGGGCCUGGGCGCCGCCCCCCUGAACCAGUGGGUAUCUGAGGCUGGGCCGCUGUGGGGCGGGCCCGACAAGAGUGGGGGCAGCAGUGGCCUGGGGCUCUGGGAGGACACCCUCAAGAGCAGCGGGAGCCUGGCCCGCAGCCUGGGCCUGAAGAACAGCCGCAGCAGCCCUUCUCUCAGUGACUCGUACAGCCACCUGUCAGGGCGGCCUGUGCGCAAAAAGACGGAGGAGGAGGAGAAGCUGCUGAAGCUGCUCCAGGGCAUCCCCCGGCCCCAGGAUGGCUUCACCCAGUGGUGUGAGCAGAUGCUGCACACGCUGAGUGCCACGGGCAGCCUGGACGUGCCCAUGGCUGUAGCGAUCCUCAAGGAGGUGGAGUCCCCCUACGACGUCCAUGAUUAUAUCCGUUCCUGCCUGGGGGACACGCUGGAAGCCAAAGAAUUUGCCAAACAAUUCCUGGAGCGGAGGGCCAAGCAGAAGGCCAGCCAGCAGCGGCAGCAGCAGCAGGAGGCUUGGCUGAGCAGUGGCUCCCUGCAGACAGCCUUUCAGACCAACCACAGCACCAAACUCGGCUCUGGGGAGGGCAGCAAGGCCAAGAGGCGGGCACUGAUGCUGCACUCGGACCCCAGCAUCUUGGGAUACUCCCUGCAUGGACCUUCUGGCGAGAUCGAGAGCGUGGAUGACUACUGACCAGCCCGUCCCACCAGCACCCUGGGCUAUAGGCCAGGGGCGGCAGCAGCGGCUUGGACCCCUGGGUCCCCAGACUGCAGGCUCCCCAC